AUGGAGGUGAAUGCAGUGGAAAAACGGCAUCGAACACGAUCCAAAGGAGUCCGAGCCGCCGUGGAAGCAGUAACACAAGAGUUAUUCAGCUGUCCCACCCCCGGCUGUGAUGGCAGCGGUCAUGUCAGCGGGAAGUACGCCAGACACCGCAGCGUCUAUGGCUGCCCACUGGCCAAAAAGAGGAAGGCUCUGGAAAAACAACCGCUGGAGCCAGCUGCCAAGAGGAGGCCCUUCCUCACCUCCUGCCCGGGUGAGGAGGAGGAGGAUGCUGGCGACGAGGAUGGGGAGAGGGAAGGGGAUGAGGAAGAAGAUGGGGAGGUGGAGGACGAGUUCUCGGAGGACAAUGAGGAGCAGGGAGAGGAAGAGGAGGAGGAAGAAGAAGAGGAGGAGGAAAUAGAGGAAGAGGAAGAAGUGGAUGAUGGCGACGACGAGGAUGAGCAGGAGGAUGAGGCAGAGGACGACGAACAGGAAGAGGACGACGAGGAGGAAGAGGAGCUGCAGACUCGCCAGCAGGGUGAUGGACAAUCAAAGCUCAUUCCAAUACAGAAGGACGACAACAACAACAACAGCUGCACCAUCAGCGCAGGUAACGGCACCGGAGAGGAGUACGAGAACUACGACGAGCUGGUCGCCAAGUCACUGCUCAACCUCGGCAAGAUCGCGGAGGACGCCGCGUACCAGGCCAUGACCGAGUCCGAGAUGAACAGCAACUCGUCCAACAGCGCCGGGGAGGACGACGACGACGACGACGAUGACGGCAGCGAGCAGGGCGACAGGAAGGGCGAGCUGAGCGUGGACUUGGACAGCGACGUGGUCAGGGAGACGGUGGACUCCCUGAAGCUCCUGGCGCAGGGUCACGGUGCCAUGCUGCCCGAAGAUGGCUACCCAGAAAGCACCAUGGUGGAUGACGGCAGCCACGCGAACGGGCGGCCCUGCUUGGGGGUGAGGGGUCAGGCGGAGGAGAGCGAGGAGGAAGUGUGUCUCAGCAGCCUGGAGUGUCUGAGGAACCAGUGCUUCGAUCUGGCUCGGAAGCUGAGCGAGACGCAGCCGUCUGAUCGUCCCGCCCUCCACGCCCUCCACCACCAGCUCCAGAACCCACAACGAAACAUGUCCAGAAACAUCUUUGAGCACAUGCUGCAGGAGGAGCACAGGUCUCUGGAGCGCAGCUACUCCGACAUGGUGAACCUGAUGAAGCUGGAGGAGCAGCUGAGCCCGGCGUCCAGAGGUUACCCGACCAGCUGCAGCCAGGAGGGCGACGAGGACACCACGUCGGUGGCCUCCGACCGCUCGGACGAGACCUUCGACAUGGCCAAAGGAAACCUGUCACUGCUGGAGAAGGCCAUUGCCCUGGAAUCAGAGAGGGCGAAGGUCAUGAGGGACCGCAUGACCUCAGAGCACACGAUGCCCCGUCGGGAUCACCAUCACCACCGCGGCCACGGUGAGCACAGCCCAAGGCUGAGCAGCGCCGCAGAGGAGCGCAAGUCCAGGAUGCAGCAGGAUGGGUUGAAGAGGGCGUACUACCCUAAAGACUCUUCAAGGGGGGAAAAGAAGGAGAGCAAGUGUCCGACGCCGGGCUGCGAUGGAACCGGCCACGUGACGGGUCUGUACCCACAUCACCGCAGCCUGUCUGGGUGUCCCCACAAGGAUCGUGUCCCGCCUGAGAUCCUUGCCAUGUAUGAAAAUGUUUUAAAGUGCCCUACUCCCGGCUGCUCUGGACGGGGUCAUGUCAAUAGCAACAGGAACUCGCAUCGCAGUCUGUCCGGCUGUCCCAUCGCUGCUGCAGAGAAGAUGGCGAAGGUCCACGAGAAAAGUCACUCGACUGACAGCGGCAGCAAGACCAAUCAGACGUCAGACCGCGUCCUCAGGCCAAUGUGUUUCGUCAAGCAGCUGGAGAUUCCUCAGUAUGGCUACAAAAACAACGUUCCCACCAGCACACCUCGGUCCAACUUGGCUAAAGAGCUGGAAAAAUACUCCAAGACCAGCUACGACUACGGCGGCUACGACAGUCAACACGGAGGCUACGGAAAGAGGGGUCCCACAACCAAGUCCCACCACGGGCGAGACACCUCCCCGAAGGGAUAUGAUGCUAAGCGUUACUGUAAGACGUCCAGCCCGGCCAGCAGUACGACCAGCAGCUACGCUCCCAGCAGCAGCAGCAGCCUGAGCUGUGGAGGAGGAGGAGGUGGCGGAGGAGGGGGAGGAGGGGGAGGAGGAGGAGGGAGCAGCGCCAGCAGCACCUGCAGUAAGAGCAGCUUCGACUACACCCACGACAUGGAGGCGGCCCACAUGGCGGCCACGGCCAUCCUUAACCUGUCGACGAGGUGCCGGGAGCUCCCGCACGCUCUGGGAGGGAAACCCCAGGACCUGCUGACACAGAGUCCAGUCGGCGACCUGGACGACAGCGGUGCGGUGGACGUGGCCGGUCAGCCUGGCGGUCCCGAAGGCAGCGGGACAGUGUUGACCCCCCUCCAGCCGAUGUCGCCACAGCGGCAGGCUCUGCUCAGCAGCCGCUGCUACCAGCUGAGUGACACCGACUGCUGGGACCUGCCCGUCGACUACACCAAGAUCAAACGGCUGGGAGACGAGCAGGACCACAAAGAGGUAACGGGAAGCGAUGAGCUGGAUCCCUUUCAGGACCUGCUGGACGAGCAGCGCUACCCGGCCGAGGUGACCAUGCCCAGCCCCAAACACCACAAAUACCCGCCCUGCAAGGAGAGCAAGAAGGAGCUCAUCACGUUGUCGAGCUGUCAGCUGGCCGACAAGAACAUCCGUGCGAUGAUGACGACCAACUCACAAGAACUCAAGUGUCCAACCCCCGGCUGCGAUGGAUCUGGACACAUCACUGGAAACUACGCCUCCCACAGGAGUCUGUCCGGAUGUCCACGAGCCAAGAAAAGUGGCAUCAAAAUCCUCCACAGCAAAGAGGACAAGGACGACCAGGAGCCAAUCAAGUGUCCAGUCCCGGGCUGUGAUGGACAGGGCCAUGUGACGGGGAAGUACGCUUCUCAUCGCAGCGCGUCAGGCUGCCCCCUGGCUGCAAAGAGACAGAAGGACAGCUACGUCAACGGCUCGCAGUUUGUCUGGAAAUCUGGAAAGACAGAUGGCAUGACCUGUCCGACCCCAGGCUGCGAUGGCUCAGGACACGUCAGUGGGAGCUUCCUGACCCACCGAAGUCUCUCCGGUUGUCCCCGAGCCACAUCAGCCAUGAAGAAGGCCAGGAUGAGUGGUGUGGAGAUGCUGACAAUCAAGCAAAGAGCAAGCAAAGGCAUCGAAAACGAUGAAGAAAUCAAACAGCUGGAUGAAGAAAUCAAAGAUCUGAAUGAGUCAAACAAUCAAGUGGAGUCCGACAUGAUCAAACUGAGGACACAAAUAACCACCAUGGAGACCAACCUGAAGUCCAUCGAGGAGGAGAACAAGGUGAUCGAGCAGCAGAACGACUCCCUGCUGCAUGAGCUGGCCAACCUCAGCCAGUCGCUCAUCAACAGCUUAGCUAACAUCCAGCUGCCACACAUGGAACCAAUGAAUGAACAGAACUUUGACACUUAUGUGAGUACAUUGACAGACAUGUACACCCACCAGGACCAGUACCAGAGCCCGGAGAACAAGGCGCUGCUGGAGAACAUCAAACAGGCCGUUCAGGGCAUCCAGGUCUAG